GUUUGAGUGCCUGUGUAGCAAAGGAGCAGGUUGUGAUAAUUGCUGAAAAUUGCUGGGUGGUCCCAAGAAAUGGAGGAUAAUUUCACCUGUCGAUCUCAAGAUGAGGCAGGGAGUUCACAAACCAGAACCAUAUGCAAGCACUUCAAGAAUACAAACCAGAUGAAGAUACACAUCAAGAGACUUCUGGAUUUGAAUAUCUACAACAUCAGCUGCCCCUGUUGUGGGCAGCGGUUGCUUUGGCAGGAGCUACGCAGACUGGAGCUCUUUCCUGACAGUGAGCAAAGACUCUUUGAGGAGAAGAUCUCUCAACUGACGGAGCAGGACACCGAAUAUUGCAAAAAGUGUCCGAGGUGCAAUCGCGUUGUGCAGCGGAUGGACACAGAGGAGCUUUUUGUGGAAUGCCCAGCAUGCCCAGGGAAUAUGGGAAAGCCCUACCGGUUCUGCUGGAACUGUCUGAGGAGAAGGAACAGAAGGUUGGCUCAAGGAGAGGCCUGCAAGAACAACAACUGCAGCUUGGUGGCACUGCUGCAGUCAUGCCCCACAAUCAACGACCCAAUGCUGUCCGUCCAUGGCUGCCCUAUGAUCCGGGCAUGUCCCAGCUGCAAAGUCUUGAUCUCCCAUGCAGAGGGGUGCAAGUACAUCAACUGCGUGAGCUGUGGCCUCUCUUUCUGCUACCGGUGCUUGGAGAAACGCUCCACGUGCUAUAAUGCCAAACGCGAAUGGUACCACGUUGCUCAAUGUGUCAAACCCAUGGCGCCCAGGCAGACGUUUUCUGACAGUCAACACUAG